AUGAACUUCUACACUGACAGACUUGAAGAUACUGCUGCAGGUGAUCAGCUGAGUGCCAUACUGAAUUCCAUUCAGUCACGGCCUAGUUUGCCAACUCCUUCCAUCUUUGAUCAAGCUGCAAAACCUCCCUCUUCCCUAGUCCACAGCCCAUUUGUGUUCGGACAAUCCCCCUCCUUCCAGCAGCCUCAGCCUUCGCUUCAGAAUGAUAGAAGUCAAUUCAAUGCUGCUCCCAAGCUACCUACUACUGUGAACAAAUCAGACUUGCCUUCAAAACACAGAGUUGACAGCAAAUCCCCCAAACCAGAUGGCCGAGUAAGUCGUUCUAAUGCUGAUCAGAAGAAACCACGAAAUAAUGAAGGACUCACUGCAAGUGAAUCUCUUCUGUUGAAGUCUGAUGCUGCAAAACUGAGAUCAGACUCUCACAGCAGAUCUCUGUCGCCAAACCACAACACUCUUCAAAUUCUAAAGAACUCUGAUGGAAAGCCAUCUGGUCUCAGAUCAGAAUCUCCUGGUCCUGGCUCACGUUCUACAUCACCAAAGCCAAAGACUGUGCCUGUAGGAAAAUCGAAUGUGUCUAGUGCAGGUGCAACACGUUCAACAUCUCCACAAGAGAAAAAUCUACCUCAAAAAGCUGCAGGUCCUGCAAAGACCAAACUUGAACCACCACGUGAAAGGUCCAAGUCUGAUUCUUACACUCUGGAUCCUGACACACUGCGGAAAAAGAAAGUACCUUUUACAGAACCAUUAAGAGGUCGAUCUACUUCUCCCAAACCAAAAAUUACACAGAAAGAUGGUAAACCAACGGGUGGUAGUGAAAACAGAGCUCCUUCUCCUCAUGUUGUUCAAGAAAAUCUGCAUAGUGAAGUUGUUGAAGUAUGCUCUUCCAGUACUUUAAAGACCAACAGCAUUACAGACAGCAGUUGUGAGGACAAUACUGAGCUAAAAAGUGUUGAUGAUGGUACAUCCAAAGUCCAUUUCAGUAUUGGAAAAGCACCACUAAAAGAAGAGCAAGAUACAAGAGCAUCUCCCAAAGUAAGCCGUAAAAGUGCUGGUAGGCAUGUUCGACCCAAAAAAGAGAAAGCAAACUUUCUGUUCAAAGAAGCGUCAAGAUCUGCUGAACCUGCAAAGGAAGCAAUGUCCCCUUCUGUGGCUGAAUGUGCAAGAGCUGUAUUUGCAGCGUUUCUUUGGCAUGAAGGCAUAGUUCAUGACGCAAUGGCUUGUUCUUCCUUUCUGAAAUUUAAUCCAGAUCUGUCCAAAGAACAUGCACCUAUACGAAGUAGUCUUAACAGCCAGCAACCUAUAGAGGAAAAAGAAGUCAAGUUAAAGAAUAGGCAUUCCAUAGAAAUAUCAUCUGCACUUAACAUGUUUCAUAUUUCUCCCCACGGGCCUGAUAUAUCCAAAAUGGUCAGUAUUAAUAAGAACAAAGUCUUGUCCAUGCUUACAGAACGGACUCUUCAUGAAAAAUGUGAGGAUAGCAAGCAUGAAGCUUCUCAUUUUGAAGUAUCAAACCACCAUUCUGGUAAAUCCCGGCCCCCGCUUCCACUAACACUUCAGCAUCUUGUAGCCUUUUGGGAGGAUAUUUCAUUGGCCACCAUAAAAGCCGCAUCCCAGAAUAUGAUCUUCCCAAGCCCUGGUUCAUGUGCCGUUUUAAAGAAAAAAGAGGGCGAGAAGGACAGCAAGAAAGCAAAGAAGGAGAAAAAGAAGAAAGACAAGGCAGAAUCUAGGCCUCGUGGAAAUUUGUUUGGAGAAAUGGCUCAAUUGUCAGUUGGAGGGCCAGAGAAAGACACAAUUUGUGAGCUGUGUGGCGAAUCUCACCCAUAUCCAGUAACAUAUCAUAUGCGCCAAGCACAUCCAGGCUGUGGACGAUAUGCUGGUGGUCAAGGAUAUAACAGCAUUGGGCAUUUUUGUGGUGGCUGGGCAGGAAACUGUGGUGAUGGAGGAGUUGGUGGAAGUACUUGGUAUUUAGUCUGUGAUCGCUGCAGAGAGAAGUAUCUCAGAGAAAAGCAGGCAGCGGUAAGGGAGAAGGUGAAGCAAUCCAGACGGAAGCCGAUGCAGUUGAAAACGCCUCGUGCUUUACCCACCAUGGAGGCCCAUCAAGUGAUAAAAGCCAAUGCGCUCUUUCUUCUGUCUUUGAGUAGUGCAGCAGAGCCAAGUAUCCUGUGCUACCACCCUCCAAAGCCUUUACUGUCCCAGCUCCCGAGUGUAAAAGAGGGGAUUUCUGAGGACCUGCCUCCCAAAAUGCACUGCCUCUACUUGCAGACACUAGCACGACAUCACCAUGAGAACUUUGUUGGCUAUCAGGAUGACAAUCUCUUCCAGGAUGAAAUGAGAUACCUUCGAUCUACAUCAGUACCCGCACCUUACAUAUCAGUAACUCCUGAUGCAUGUCCGAAUGUUUUUGAGGAACCAGAGAACAACAUGAAAUCAAUGCCUCCUAGCCUGGAAACUAGCCCUAUUACGGAUACAGACUCUGCUAAACGUACUGUCUUCCAAAGAUCGUACUCUGUUGUGGCCUCAGAAUACGAUAAACAGCAUUCUGUCCUGCAGCCACGGGUGAAGGCUAUUCCCAGGCGUAGGGUCAACAGUGGUGACGCUGAAGUUGGUUCCUCAUUGUUGAGGCACCCAUCGCCAGAGCUAUCCCGCUUGAUCUCUGCUCACAGUUCACUCUCAAAGGGGGAGAGAAAUUUCCAGUGGCCGGUUUUGGCAUUUGUAAUCCAGCAUCAUGAUCUAGAAGGCCUUGAAAUUGCCAUGAAACAGGCACUAAGAAAAUCAGCAUGCCGAGUUUUUGCAAUGGAGGCUUUCAAUUGGCUGCUUUGCAAUGUAAUCCAGACAACAUCUCUUCAUGACAUAUUAUGGCACUUUGUGGCAUCUCUAACUCCUGCUCCUAUGGAGCCAGAAGAAGAGGAGGAUGAGGAGAAUAAGGCAAAUAAAGAAAAUGCAGAACAGGAAAAAGACACUAGAGUGUGCGAACAUCCACUUUCAGACAUAGUGAUUGCUGGAGAAGCAGCACACCCAUUGCCUGACACAUUUCAUCGUCUUCUUCAAACCAUUUCUGAUUUAAUGAUGUCUCUUCCUGGAGGAAGCGCUUUACAGCAGAUGGCACUAAGAUGUUGGAGUCUUAAGUUUAAGCAGUCUGAUCACCAGUUUCUUCACCAGAGCAAUGUAUUUCACCACAUCAACAAUAUCCUUUCCAAGUCUGAUGAUGGAGAUAGUGAGGAGAGUUUCAACAUCAGCGUGCAGUCUGGCUUUGAAGCAAUGAACCAGGAACUUUGUUUGGUUACUGCCCUUAAAGACAUGACUAGUGUUGUGGACAUUAAGACUUCUAGCAGACCAGCAAUGAUUGGAAGCUUAACAGACGGGUCCACUGAAACUUUUUGGGAGUCUGGAGAUGAGGAUAAAAAUAAAACCAAAAGCAUCACAAUAAAUUGUGUCAAAGGCAUAAAUGCACGCUAUGUAUCAGUCCAUGUAGACAACUCUCGUGACUUAGGGAAUAAAGUCACAUCAAUGACAUUUUUGUGUGGCAAGAGCGUGGAAGACCUGUGUAGGGUUAAACAGGCUGACUUAGAUUCCAGGCACAUUGGAUGGGUGACGAGUGAACUGCCUGGUGGGGAUAAUCACAUUCUGAAAAUUGAGAUGAAAGGCCCUGAGAACACGCUGAGAGUGCGGCAAGUUAAAGUGCUCGGGUGGAAAGAUGGGGAAUCUAUCAAAAUAGCCGGUCAAAUUUCUGCCAGUGUGGCUCAGCAGAGGAACUGCGAGUCCGAGACCCUGCGGGUGUUCAGACUGAUAACUUCACAGGUAUUUGGCAAGUUGAUAUCUGGAGAUGCUGAACCUACGCCUGAGCAAGAGGAAAAAGCUCUCUUGUCCUCACCCGAAGGAGAAGAAAAGGCAACCUCAGAUGCUGACCUUAAAGAACACAUGGUUGGCAUUAUCUUCAGCAGAAGUAAACUCACCAACUUACAAAAGCAGGUGUGUGCCCACAUAGUACAAGCUAUCAGAAUGGAGGCAACACGUGUGCGUGAAGAGUGGGAGCAUGCCAUCUCCAGCAAGGAAAAUGCAAACUCCCAGCCAAAUGAUGAAGAUGCCUCCUCUGAUGCAUACUGCUUUGAGCUUCUUUCCAUGGUGCUUGCAUUAAGUGGAUCUAAUGUUGGAAGGCAGUAUUUGGCUCAACAGCUGACAUUACUGCAAGAUCUUUUCCAUCUUUUGCACACAGCAUCUCCAAGAGUGCAGCGACAAGUAACCUCAUUGCUUCGCCGUGUCUUACCUGAAGUGACUCCAUCUCGUCUUGCAAGUAUCAUAGGAGUAAAGUCACUUCCACCCGCUGACAUCAGCGAUAUCAUCCACUCAACCGAGAAAGGAGACUGGAACAAGCUUGGCAUCUUGGAUAUGUUCCUGGGUUGCAUUGCUAAGGCACUUACAGUUCAACUGAAGGCUAAGGGGACACCAAUUACUGGCACAGCAGGAAUGAGUGCUGGGAAAGGGGUCACAACUGUCACAUUACCAAUGAUUUUUAACUCCAGGUACAGUCUAAUGCUUUGCCUCCUUCCAGAUGCGUUUUUCUUUAUCUGGGUGAUAUUAGAGACCCACCCUAGAUGGGUUAGUGAACUGUUUUAAUGAUCUUGGGACAUGGUCUCCUCU